GCUGGACGAUAAUACCAGUGAUACCAAUGUCUCGAAUGUUAUGGGAGAGGCAGGACAGGAGGAGGGAUGGGUGGUUUGCCGUAUCUUCAAGAAGAAAAAUCUCAACAAAACCCUCGACAGACCUUUCAGUUCAUCACCCAUCACUGAAGAUACAAGGAGCCAGACGUUAAAUUCUUGUAAUGAGGGCUCUCUGGAUCAAAUACUUCAUUACAUGGGAAGGACUUGCAAAGAAGAAAACGAAGCAGACAAUAGUGCUAGAUACCUCAGGCCUAUUAACACAGCAAUCAACCAUGUCCACCAUGAUAGAUUCAUGAAACUUCCAAGCUUAGAGAGUCCAAACUCUGUCAGCAGCCAAAAUUGUUUCCAACCCAUCAUCACAGACAAUGAAGCUUCAAUAACUAAUCAGGUGAGUUACCCCUUGGACUCUGGCCUUGACAACUGGUCAGCCCUAGAUCGUCUAGUUGCUUCUCAGCUCAAUGGCCAGAAUGAAACAUCUAGGCAACUAGACUGCUUCCCUGUUGAACCCACCAUGACUUAUUCCACCCCUACUGAUCUUCAUCGUGAUCUCCAAUUGCCAACCCUACGGUCAUCGUUUUCGUUAUUAUCAAACAGAUCUUACCAUGGAACUCAAGAUUAUAACAGUGAGAUCGACCUCUGGAAUUUUACCAUUAGAUCAUCCUCCGACCCACUAUGCCACUUGUCAAACACUAGUGUAUAA